AUGCCUACAACCAGCCCGCCUCCUCCGGCUGUCCCCACGCCCGGAGGCCCAGGCCGGCUGGGUUUCCUCUCCUGCCCCGCCCUGGCCCGGAUCCCUCCACGCGAAGUAGUGCCGCCCCCCCCACCCCUUCCCCGGCCCGGCCCGGCCCGGCCCGGCAGGGCCCUGACCACCCUUGUCUUGCAGACCUACGCGCGGUUCACGGAGGCGCCGCUCAAGCUGCACAAGCUCAGCAACCCCUGGAGGAGCCCCGCAGGACGGUUGCCGGCGCUGAAGACAAGGGAGGAAGGGGUUUUGUCCAAGACGCAUGAGAUCAUCACACACCUCAGGAAACAGAAGUACAACGCAGACUAUGAUCUCUCAGCCAGGCAGGGGGCCGACACCCUUGCCUUCAUGUGCCUGCUGGAAGAGAAGCUGCUGCCGGCACUGAUCCACACGUUCUGGGUGGAUGCCGAGAACUACGUGGCGCACACACGGAAGUGGUACGCAGAAGCCACCCCCUUUCCUCUCAACUUCUUUCUGCCCAACCGCAUGCACAAGCAGCGCCUGGAGCAGCUGCAGCUGCUCUGCGGGGAUGACUGCCUGGAAGACGAGGAAAGGCUAGAGAAGCUGUACCACGAAGCCCGGGAGUGCCUGACACUCCUGUCCCAGCGCCUUGGGGCCCAGAAGUUCUUCUUCGGAGACUCGCCUGCUUCCCUGGACGCCUUCGUCUUCAGUCACCUGGCACCACUGCUCAAAGCAAAGCUGCCCAAUGGCAAACUGCAGCAGCACCUGAAGUCCCUGGAGAACCUGUGCAACUACUGCACCUCCAUCCUGAGCCUCUACUUCCCCUGGGACAGCGGCGAUCCCCCGGCUACUGCUCCCCGGCCCCCGGCCCCUGGGGGCAGCGACUCCGAGGAAGAUCCACACAAGUGGCGCAACCAGAUCUUGUCGGUGCUGGUGGCCCUGGGCGCCAUGAUCAGCUACGCCAUGUUGAGUGGUAUCGUCUCCAUCCCGUGGACAGAGCCCAGCCUGCCUGGCCGCUGGCCCAUCUCCCUGGAGGAGGAGGAGGAAAAGGAGUGAGGUGCUGGCCUCUGGCCACUGCUCUCAGGGCUUUGGUUCUCACUGAUUGGUGUCACUUGAACGGACUUUUGUAUGGCGCUGGGCACCGCGCAUUGUGCUGGUCAAGGGCACAAUACGGUCCCAGCCCCCUCUGCAUUCCUGAGCGGUGCCCAGCCACCGCCAUCCAUAGCGCCUACAAGGUGCUGGGAGCCCCAUUAAACCUACGUUCUUUCUG